AUGAAAACUCACCAUUUUGUAGGCGAGAUAAAAAUAAAACAAUCGUGGUGAAGUAAGAUAAAUUAAAAUUUUUUUAUAUAUAAAGGCUUUAUAUUAACUAUAUUUUGACAUACUUGAUUUAAAGAAUUUAAUUCUCGCGCGCCAAAUUGAUUUGGCGCAGGGUUGCCUGCAUUGAAAAAUUCAAUACGCUAUAAAAUGAAAUAUCUUUUGUUUGUAUCUCUUUUUGUGUUAACCCUUUCAGGGCCUGCUGUUGAGCCUAAAGACUCAGAUCUUGUUGCCCCACAGGAAAUGAUUGAUGAAAUCAACCGAGUCCAAGACUUAUGAAUUGCGUCAUCUGAGUGGGUUGGAAAUAUGACAUUUGCUCAAGAAAACUAUAUAUAUUAAAAUGCUGACACAUUUCAACUUGCCCUCUUGGCGCAGCAGUUCAGACCUUAUGGCCACAGCGAACUGAGACAGACUCCCAGCCGAGAAUCAAGUGCGGGCCCAUGAGAUGCAUAUCUGGGUAGGAUUUGGCUAUUUUACUGCUGGAAAUGGAAGUCCUCAACAACGUCUUUGGAUCCGAGGCCCAUAGUCAUUCCUCUGCUGAGAAAUGAAGGUUUCGGCCCAUGGGACAGGGGAGUAGUCUUUUUCCUAUAGCUAUCGAAGAAGACACUUCGGCACCUGAUAGACUCCAAGUAGAUCCUUGGAAUCAAGCAGUUCAAUCGCCCGUAGCAGGGACAGAAAUCCAUAAACCCACUAGAGACUAAAGCCGCAAGGAAAAAACAGAAGGUAUUGGAAGUGGCAGAGACCCUCCAGCCUGGAGUCGAAAAGAGAUGAAUCUCCCGAACGGGAGAUCUUUGAUGACUGCGUCAUCAAUAUGGCUAAUGACUUUAUAAUCCUAAUCCUGCUCAAGCCAAACUUUACGCAUCUUCAAAAUUGGAAGCUAAAAAAUUUCCAGAAAAAGACUGGGGUGCACUUUUAGACUACCUCUCAAUUCCGGCAUCUUUCGAUUCAAGAACGCAAUGGCCUUACUGCACAAAACCCUUAUGGUACGGUGAUGAUUGUAAUGCCGGCUGAGCAUUUGCAGCAGCCGAAACUAUGACAGACAGGUUUUGCAUUGCAACAAAAGGAGCAUUCAAUAUCACAUUUUCCCCUCUUUAUCUAAUAAUUUGUGAUGUUACCUUGCCCGAACUAGGGUGCUUGGGAGGAACCGCUGAAAAUUGCUGGGAUUAUAUGAGGACUACAGGGAUCACUUCAAUAAAAUGCUUUCCUUAUAAUCCUGGUGACUGGAAUCAAUACUGCCCUUAUGAUGAAUGCCGUUGGGGAACAGAGAUUACUCUUUACAAGACUUUGUCUGUGAAUACUUUCACUAGCCCAUCAUCUAUUCAAGCAGAAAUAUUGCAAAAUGGCCCAAUUGAAGCUACAAUGACUGUUUAUGCAGAUUUCCAAGCAUAUAAAGGAGGUAUUUAUAAGCAUACCACAGGGGGUCUUGUAGGGUACACCAGCGUGAAAAUUAUUGGGUGGGGAAACCAAAGCGGAACGAAUUAUUGGAUUGCAGGCACAUCUUGGGGAUCUACUUGGGGUAUGAAAGGAUACUUUAAUAUUGCUUUUGGACAAUGCGGCAUCGAUCGCGCUGGUGUAGCUGGCCCUCCUGAUCUUUCAAAUAUUCCAACCAUUAAAAUUUAA